CCUUUAUCAUCCCUCUGGUCGCCUUCUCACCCACGAAAGAGAGAGAGAGAGAGAGAAGAGGAGCACUCGACCCCGCCGUCGCAGCGCCAACCAAACCCUCGUCGUCGUCUCCGAUCCCGCCGUCGCCGCCGCAGCCAUGCCGUUCACCCCGGGACCCUACUCCGGCAAGAGCACCCUCGCCCUCGUCGCCAGGGUCUCCGCCGUCGGCAUCGGCGUCGUCUACGGCUCCGUCAAGCUCGGCAUCCUCAAGAUGACCAAGCCCAAGGAGGAAGCAGCUGCUCAUCACUGAGGACAAGUAGCUCCAGCGGGUUGACGCCGUAGAUUCGCAAUGUACCUUCUAUAUGCCCAUCCGGUUCUGUGAUUUGUGUCUUGAAACCCAAAAAACCCCAGGCCCAUGUGGGAGCUGAACCUUAGUUUUUUGCUUGGUGGAAAAUAAUAUCCUCGGCUGAAUCGACUUGAAAUCAGGAAGAGUGAAACUUUAAAUCA